GGAAUGCACCGAGCCCGCUCAUUCAUUCAUUCAAUUAGAUAUUCAGCAUCUCCUGAGAGCUCAUUUGUGCCGGGCACUGUGCCAGGUACCGGGACUGCAAAGCGAAAUGAGACAACGCCCAACACUCACAACUAACAACGAAAAUUAACAAAAAUUAGCAGAACCAUCGUGAGCUGGGGGAAACAGAUUAGGUACUGUGUAAGCUUGCCACGCGUCUCUCUGGGAAGGCAGACUCCGAAUUCAAACGCGGGAGAAAAAGAGGCAGGGACCCCCGAAAUAGUGGCAGGCAGGAGGGAAGGCCAGGGGGGAGAAGGAAGCUUCUUUCCCCAGGGAGGGAAUCUGUCAAGGCCACGCAAACGUUUCUCUGAGGCUGAGAGAGAGAAGAGGUUUGUUUUUCUUUUGGGAAAAACGGAGCCCUUUUCCCCACUGGGCUCGAUUUCUAGUAGGAGAAGCCCCGCCUCUUUGGGCCGUAGAUUGGUCCAACUCUUUUUCAGAUAAUUUAUGCCAGCAUCCUCUGUGUCUGAUUGGUUCCCCGGCUCAAUUCCGCUGGGAGUCGCAUCCUACCUGGCUGGGAGGUGUACUGCCGAGCCACACUCAUCCCCACCGUACUCUCCUGGCUGGUGCUGAGGUGGAGAAAAAGUCCUCUCUUGGAGAACUGAGCGGCCAAAGCGAUCCUGAUGGGUUCUUGGAAAGCUUUUCUCUUCUCUCCCUUUCUUCUGUGGAGUCAAAGUAGAGUGGUGAGGCUCAUGUUCUUGUUACUGACCCUGCAUCUGGGAAACUGUGUUGAUAAAGUGGAUGACGAAGAUGAUGAGGAUUUAACAGUGAACAAAACCUGGGUCUUGGCACCAAGGAUUCAUGAAGGAGAUAUAACACAAAUUCUCAACUCAUUGCUUCAAGGCUAUGACAAUAAACUUCGCCCAGAUAUAGGAGUGAGGCCCACUGUAAUUGAAACUGAUGUUUAUGUAAACAGCAUUGGACCAGUGGAUCCCAUAAAUAUGGAAUACACAAUAGAUAUAAUUUUUGCCCAAACCUGGUUUGACAGUCGUUUAAAAUUCAACAGUACCAUGAAAGUGCUUAUGCUUAACAGCAAUAUGGUAGGGAAAAUUUGGAUUCCUGACACGUUCUUCAGAAACUCAAGAAAAUCUGAUGCACAUUGGAUAACAACUCCUAAUCGUCUGCUUCGAAUUUGGAAUGAUGGACGAGUUCUAUAUACUCUAAGAUUGACAAUUAAUGCAGAAUGUUACCUUCAGCUUCAUAACUUUCCCAUGGAUGAACAUUCCUGUCCACUGGAAUUUUCAAGCUAUGGGUACCCUAAAAAUGAAAUUGAGUAUAAGUGGAAAAAACCUUCUGUAGAAGUGGCUGAUCCUAAAUACUGGAGAUUAUAUCAGUUUGCAUUUGUAGGGUUACGGAACUCAACUGAAAUUUCUCACACGAUCUCUGGGGAUUAUGUUAUCAUGACAAUUUUUUUUGACCUGAGCAGACGAAUGGGAUAUUUCACUAUUCAAACCUACAUUCCAUGUAUCCUGACCGUUGUUCUUUCUUGGGUAUCUUUUUGGAUCAAUAAAGAUGCAGUACCGGCAAGAACAUCACUUGGUAUCACUACAGUUCUGACUAUGACAACUCUGAGCACAAUCGCCAGGAAGUCCUUACCUAAGGUUUCUUAUGUGACUGCGAUGGAUCUCUUUGUUUCUGUUUGUUUCAUUUUUGUUUUUGCAGCCUUGAUGGAAUAUGGCACUUUGCAUUAUUUUACCAGCAACAAAAAAGUAAAGACCACUAGAGACAAAAAGCAAAAGAAUAAAAGCUCGAUGUCCCCUGGACUCCAUCCUGGAUCCACUCUGAUUCCAAUGAAUAACAUUUCUCUGCCCCAUGGAGAAGAGGAUUAUGGGUAUCAGUGUUUGGAGGGCAAAGAUUGUGCCAGCUUCUUCUGUUGCUUUGAAGACUGCAGAACGGGGUCAUGGAGGGAAGGAAGGAUACACAUACGCAUUGCUAAAAUUGACUCCUAUUCUCGAAUAUUUUUCCCAACAGCUUUUGCCCUGUUCAAUCUGGUUUAUUGGGUUGGCUAUCUUUACUUAUAAGUUCUAUUUACCAGGUAAAAAUCGUAAGAAGUUUAACUAAAUCCAAUAUAAUCUAUUGCAUUUCAGUAAUAUGAAGUUUAAAUUUAAAAUGCAGAGAAACCAAUGGUUAAAAUGUAAAAGCAUUGUAACUAUUCUACCGAUUUAUAGGUAAAUAAAGUAGUAGCUUUCAUUUUAAUUUACUUAAGUAUAUGUAAAAGAGAUUAGUUGCAGAAUUAAGUAUAGUAAAAUACUAUUAUAUAUUUUUACUUUAAUCUUAUUUAUUUUACUUGUAUCCCAUUAGGAUUUUGAAUUCAUAAGUUCUGUGAUUCAUAUUUUAAAGAUGGAAUACUUUAAUAACUUUAGUAAUAUUUUAUUUAAAUAUAAUCUAUCGUUGUUUGUAAUGGGAACUUAACCUUGUGCCUAAUGUUAUGUAGUAAUUUUUUGCUUAGAAAAUGUUGUUAUUUUGAUUUUUUUUCUUAGUUUUUAUUUGUAUGCCCUGUUUAGAAUAGAGCUAAUUAAAACCAUAAAGCCAAGAUUUCCUGGCAUUUAUAUCCAGAUGUUUUACUCCCAAGAACAAAUUAAAUUAGAAUAAAAGACCAAUUAUUACCUUAUUAAAAGACCAAUUUUUAUCUGUAUUUUAAUCGAAUCCAUUUCCUGACACAAUAUUAAAUAGUAUUGUAGUUACUUCAGUUUUGGUGAUUUACAAACUAGGAUGAAAACCACCAAAGUAAUUUAUAUUUUAAAUAUAGAUGAAAAAGAAGUUACAUUUAACCAUUUUAUUCCCUGACUCACAGUAUUUAUGAAAUAUGAAGAAGUUAACACUGAAAUAUUUAGACCUACCAACACUGAAAUUAAAUACAGAAAGAAUUGAUUUUUUUUUUUUUUUUGCUCUACAAAAGUGUUAUGUUCCCUAAAUUGAAAAAAAAAAAAAAAAGAAGAACAGUGCUUGUAUUCACUCAUUGUGGGAAAAGAAUUAUUAUCUAGCAAAUUGAGUAACCAUUCAUAUUGAGGAUAUGGUCUUAAAUAUGUACUAUUAAUAAUUGCCAGACUAAAAGCGUCCUAGAAAUAUAGUUUUAGGUGUGUGUCACAUGUUGUCUUUGCCAGCUCCUACACUGUCCAUUUUAUAUCUAUGUUGUAAAUUGUUAUGAUGUUCUCUUAGAAAAAAAAAUGAAAGCAGGCUCAAAGAUCACAUUAAAAGUGGAGUUCUGUUCGAGGUCCCUCUGAGGAACAUGAGUGCCGCAGCUUUCUACACUCUUAGAGACAGGAGCAGAGAAAGGCACACUGUUGUGUAAAGCCUGUUGUUUGGUAGUUUCCUAAAUGCUUCUUUCCUUACGAGGAGAGUUAAAUUUAGACUUUAAUCACUACAUUCCUGUAAAUAGUUAAACCCAUCUGUUGUUUAUAAGAACUCCACAUUCAUUCACCACCACCUAAUUUUUUGGGAAAUCACCAAAGUGAUCUCGGAGAUAACCUUUAAAAAUUGUUUCCAUUGCCAAGAGCAAGUAUGAGGAUAAGAAGUUUUGUGUUCAAACUCAUCUUAUGGUAUGUGAGCUAGCUUAUGAGCUAGCACCUGUGCAUUUGAUACUAGUUUUUAAUGCAGUAGUCCCCCACAUGAUUAGUGAAUACAUGAAUGAGGCUCUGGCAUGGUUAUGCUUAUCUUUAUAGAAUAUAUAGGGUUUUUAAAAAAUCUAAAUACAUUUCAUUGUGCAUUCCUCAGCUAUGUCAGAUUUUUUUUUUACUUUGAUUAUAAACUUUUCUGAAAAAAAUGUAAGCAUGAAUUGAGUGAUAAUGCCCCAAUAUCCACCGACACUACUUUUUUUGAAUGGAGAGCCAAAUCAAACUUUGGCCAUGUAUAUAUUCACUUAGAAAUUAUUCAUGCAUUCAUUUUUAUAACUGAGUAUUGAUGGAUAUUCAUAAUGUGAAGAUUGCUUUAUGGAUAAAUGGAAAAUGAAGUAUCCAUGAAAAUAAAACACAUCACUAAAAUGUAUUAUGGCUAUUUCCAUGUUCUAAGCUAUAACCUGUUCAUUUUCAUGCAGGAAAUUUUAAUUCUGAGAUUCUUCAACUAAGCAUGACUGUAUUUUAAAAUACUUUAAAAUGCUUAAUAUAAAUAGCUUUGAUUUUCUCAUUGGUGUUCCAUUAACUUGGCUUUAAAUGUUGGCAAUAUUAACAAGUGGAAAUAAAAUUAAUAAAAAUAUGAAAGAUGCUUUACUACAUACAUUCAUUGUAUAGAUCAUCAAAACAAGCACUUUGUUUACAAAGCAAGUGAAAUUUUAAACAGCUUUAUUUAAAUAUGUAGGUCAGAAAGAGAGGGAUACAAAUCAUAGUAUUUCUAAAAAUAAGAAUAAAAAGGUGAUGAUAUGGAUAGACUCUCUUUAUAAGAAAUCAAAUCGAACUUAUUUUUAAAGGGAAUACAGUCUAAUUCCUGUCCCUCUCUUCUUCCAAGAAGUUUUACCAUAUUAAGAAACAACUUUUUAAAAAAUCCUCCUUUCAGAGUUUUAUCUGAAUUUAUUGGACUCACUGGAAUUUGUGCUUCUUAGCUGCUUUAAGUGGUUUCAACACUAACAGACCAAAGAAGUGGAUAUAAAGGUUAGGAAAGAUAAAUGGAGCAGAAGGAUUUAGAAUCAUCUGGGAAAACGUUAAUUCAUAGAUUAAUCCUUUAAAUAUGUGACCAAGAUCUACAAGUUCUGACAAGGGAAAUUGUGACUGGAACAAUUUUAUUCUCCUGAGUUUACAAUUGCAAUAAAUAAAAUAAUAUUUUAUUUAUUCUUGAAUUGCAUAGAAAAACUUAGGCACACUUGAAAUUAAUUCCUAAAAUGCCAAGUAGUUUCUGAGGGAAAAAAAGAAGAAAAAAAUACAGGCAGAAAGACAAAAAAGAAAAAAAGAAAAGAAAAGAAAAAAAACAUAAAACAAACAAGCAAAAAAAAAAAAAAAAAAAAAAACCCAAAAACUUAGCCUCCCUGAGAAUUUGGUAGAGAAAGGACAAAUUCCUCAGUAAAUCUAACUAAGUAUGAAGUUUUAAUGAAAUAGAAAUCAAUUUAUUGGAAGUUUUUUAAGUUAAAGACAAAGCUUUCUUUAAGGACUUACUAAAACUGAUCAACUAUAGGCUAAAACACAGUAAAUGUGUGUAACUAUACACUCACCAGGUUGUUUUUUCCUUUAGUGUUCCCAUAUCUGACAUUAAUUUAUAGUCUUAGCAUAUGCUACAAUUUUGCUGAACUGAGGGUUGCAUGUUUGCCAAUGAUGUAGCAUCAAAAAGAAUGAUUGAUAGCACUCUCACCUCAAAAGACCCAUACUUGUAAAACGUGAAAUUGUAUUCCAAGUCAAUAUGCUUUGUUUUGUUUUAAAAGAUUUUAUGUAUUCAUUUGAGAGAGAGAGAGCAAAUGAGAGAGAGAGCACAAAUGGAGGAAGGGGCUCAGAGAGGGGGAGAAGCAGACUAGCCACUGAGCAGGGACCCUGAGGAGGGGUAGAUCCUGGGACACCAGAUCAUGACCUGAGCUGAAAGCUAAUGCUUAAGGUGCCCCCCCCAGUCAAUAUAUUACAACAAAAUAUACUUGUACUUUGGUUACACAAAAGGAGAGUUGGAUAGGAUCCCUUGCUCAAGUAAAAUUUAGAUUAAUAACCAAUAAUUGAAUAAGCACCUAAUAAAUGAAUAAACAUACAUAUAAAAUUAUCAAACUACUAUACCAGGGCCCAUUUGCGCUUGGAAAAUUUCCUGUAGCAAGAUACCACAUUGUCAAUUAUUUCCUUGAUCUUACUUACCACUGGAAUUGAAGUGAUUCAAUGGAUAUCUGAUGAGUUAACAUUUGUCCCACCAAAAACAUUUUUGAAGAUAAUUUCUGACCAAGGUAUUUUUCUUUACAUCAUCAAAUUUACUUCUCAAUGCCUUUCCACAUGAAGACCAGAGAUCCUUGGUGCGAUUUUUCUAUUGGUCAUUGUUUUUCACUCUUAUGAAGCCCUUGACAAGCCACUCUAAAGUCAAAGAAACCAUUACCAAGGCACUGUCAAAAGCACUCCAAAUGGGUAUGCCUGGGUGGCAUGGUGGGUUAAGCAUCCUACUCUUAGUUUUAGCUCAGAUUGUGAUCUCAGGGUGGAAAAGUCCACAUUCUGAGUAGGACUCAGUGCUCGGUGUGGAGUCUUCUUCUGUCCCUCUUUGCCCUUCCUUCUCUCUCUCUCUCAAAAUGAAUCUAUAAAUCUUUAAAAGAAAAAAAAAGAUUCCAAAUGGAGUUUCCAAACACUAUUGUUCAUAUUGCUCUAGUAAAUAUAAUGUUAGUUCUGCCUUUUUUUUUUCUUUGCAUUUUGAAAAAAAAAAAUAACCUAAUACAAAAUAUUUAUGCAGCACUUUCUAUGGAUAGAGUACAGCAAGGGAUAUAUAAAGAUGAACUCUCAAGAAACAUAUAAUGAGAGGGUUAGUUAUACAAUCUAUGGGAGGGAGGCUAACUCUGGGAAAGUUUCUACAGAUGGAAGCCUGAGAAUUCAAUAUGUCACCAGGUGAGGUUAAGUAGAGAUCACACUUCCAGUUGAAUAAACAGCUUGAAUAAAGAAACAGAAGCAUGGGCACAAAUAAAAUUUCCAUUUUAAUUGAAAGUUAAGAUGCAUACAGAGGCAAUUAAAGAUGAGACAAAUAAAGAUAGGUCAAGCCCUAUGGUAAAAAGGCAAGAAUACAAACCACAGAGGGCUAGGUGAUAUUCUGAAUUCAUGGAGAGUUCAGAAACUACUUAAGUAGAAAAGAGCCAUUAUGAAUACUGCAGAACUUUCCUCUUAUUUGUGUGUGUGAUAAUUUCCUGAAAUACAAAUCAUCAAUCAGGUCUUUCCAGAUUAUUAUUAUUAUUAUUUAUUAUUAUUAUUAUUAUUAAAAUAUGUUUUUCAUUAAAAGGACUUUCUUAUCAAAUAAUUUUCUUUCUUUCUAACUGAGAAAGGAAAAAAAAAUAAUGUAUUUGGACAAAGGAGGGAGAAAAACUGGCAAAAGAAUUAGGCUGCUGUAGGACCAGAAAAAUCCAGGAAGUUGACUUAGAGUCUCAAUUUCUGAAAUAUUUGUCUCAAAAUAUGGAAGUUAAUUUUUAUUUGUGGACCAUAAAAUGUACCUGGAUCAUGAAUAGUUUGAAUCUGUGAAUAGAUAAGAUUAAGCCUAUGAAAACUGUAAGGCAGUUAAACACAAAGGUCUAAUUUAACAGAAUUUAAAGAUAAGGCUGACCUAAAUGGAAAUAGUUUGGAACUUGAUAAGUCACUGUAAUAACAGCUAUUUGCUUCUAUUAAGUGUAUCCAGUCACUUCAUAUAAUAAAGUCUUAUGGCUUGUGAUUGUAAUGGCUUCUGUUGUCUGCUUCUGCCUUAUCAUUUUGGGGAGCCUUUUGUGAGUAUGUGGCAAAGGUAUCUCGACUUUUCAAAGUAUUCUGUAUUUUCAUGAUUCUAAGUACAAAAUAAAGUCAAUAACUUGUAA